UUUUAUUUAAAUUUAAACAAAACCGAUUUUUAUUUCUUCCAAAACGGAUUUUUACAAAUAUACACAGAGCGUGCUCAGCCAAUUGCCCACAAACCCCUCUCAACUGUCGCAAAAUCAACUCCACUGUCGUGCACCGCGCCGCCCGUCCAAAGAUGGCGGCUGAGCUGCAUCCGCGCAGCGGAAAACUGAUCGGUUUGUCGAACUCCAAUCGAACCGCUCAUAGAAAUCAGCCGGUACAGGAAUUUAAUCAUGGCCUGGUCCUCAGUCUGGAACCGCUGAGGGACCGCGAUGUCUUCACCGUCCGCAUCGAUAAGAAGGUAAACUCUUGGAGUGGUUCUAUAGAGAUCGGUGUGACUGCGCUGGACCCAGCCGGUCUGGAGUUUCCCAGCAGUGCCACAGGACUAAAGGGGGGCUCGUGGAUCGUCUCGGGGUGCUCUGUACUAAAGGACGGCCGCUCGGUCCUGGAGGAAUACGGUCGCGACUUGGACCAGUUGGGGGAAGGGGACCUUGUGGGAAUCCAGCGCAAUGGGAAAGGAGAGCUGCAUCUGUGGGUGAACGGGCAAGACUGUGGCACGGCGGCCAGUGGACUUCCUUCACGCCUGUGGGCUGUAGUGGACCUCUAUGGGAAGUGUACUCAAGUGACUGUGGUAAGCUGUGAACCGCCACCUGAAAUGGAAGGGGAAGAAGAGGAGGAUGUGGAGGAAGAGAUGGUGGCAGAUCCCUGCCGUAGCCACGAUGGGGCUGGAGCUGUUGUGUUAAUUGCAGCUGGUGCUUCAACAGUAGGGAUGAACGGAUCAGCGGAAGAAGUGCCUGAGGCCUCAAGGAUGCACAAUCGACCAGACAAAUUUCCAAACAACUUUGAGCCUGACAUUGUUUUAACUGAACACCAGUUAUUUGAUGUGUUCAACAAUGCCAUCGUCUCUCUGUACCGUUCAGAGGACGAGGGUAGGGAUGAUUUGGGGUUGGGAGGCGGAGCCUCUGACUCUUCAAGGGGCGGCACAGGAAGUAACGGUGGAGGCAGAGGUACAGGAAGUGACAGUGGCAUUGGAGCCCCAGGGGAGGGCAGUAGCAGCAACAGCAGUCCAGCGGGAAACUCCGGAGGCGUUGCGGGACUGGGCGUGGCCACUGCCAGCAUGACAACCAAUGAUGCGUUGCUAUUUCACGAAAAGUGUGGCACGCUGAUCAAACUAAGCAACAAUAACAAGACGGCAGAGAGGAGGAGACCGCUGGAUGAGUUUAAUAAUGGAGUCGUCAUGACCAACCGACCACUCAGACACAACGAAAUGUUUGAGAUACGUAUCGACAAACUAGUGGAUAAAUGGUCUGGUUCUAUUGAGAUUGGAGUGACUACCCACAACCCAAAUAAUCUGGACUAUCCUGCAACUAUGACAAAUCUACGCUCGGGCACAAUCAUGAUGAGUGGCUGUGGGAUUUUAACCAAUGGGAAAGGGACCCGUCGGGAAUACUGUGAAUUCAGUCUGGAUGAGCUCCAGGAAGGAGAUCUCAUUGGUCUGAUGAGGAAAGCCAGUGGAGCUCUACACUUCUUCAUUAAUGGCAUUGAUCAAGGUGUUGCGGCCAAUCAGACCCCUGGUGUGGUAUAUGGAGUGGUGGAUCUCUAUGGCAUGGCUGUUAAAGUCACCAUCGUCCACAACCAUAACCACAGUGACCGCUUACGACGCAAUAAUGCAAUCAUGAGGGCACUUUCUCCUGACGUGGGCCGACCUCGACCUGCUCUCUCAGUGACCCCUGAACCCGAUAUCCCAGAUCGACUGCUCUUCCAUUCUAACUGUGGGCAGAAGGCUGCAAUAAUCAGUGAAGGCCGGACUGCUUUACGGCCUCACGCGACGGAUGAUUUUAACCACGGUGUUGUGCUUAGCAACCGUCCCUUGCACUCCAACGAGGUUUUUCAGGUGCGCAUUGACAAAAUGGUAGACAAAUGGGCCGGAUCGAUAGAGAUUGGUGUGACAACUCACAACCCCGCCUACCUUCAGCUACCAUCAACCAUGACCAACCUGCGAUCGGGAACUUGGAUGAUGACAGGAAAUGGCGUUAUGCAUAACGGAACCACAAUUCUUGAUGAAUACGGCCACAACUUGGAUCGCCUGAAAGCUGGAGAUACAGUUGGAGUUGUCCGUAAGGAGGAUGGGAGUUUGCAUUUCUUUGUGAACGGAGUGCCCCAGGGUCCCGCGGCCUGGAACGUUCCUUCAAGUGUGUAUGCAGUGGUGGACUUGUACGGACAGGCUGCUCAGGCCACCAUCAUGGAUGAUAUGGCUGAUCUCCCUCCCCUGCCCGAUGACAGUUCUGAGGGCCCAACUGCCAUGUCCCCCGGGAGCCCGUGUUCUAUCUCUGGGGCCGCAUCUGCCAAUGACCUUCGCUUUCAUCACUUGCACGGCACCAAUGCGGUUAUUACUAACGGAGGCCGGACAGCACUUAGGCAAAACUGCCGCAGCGAGUUCAAUGACGCCAUUGUUAUUUCUAACAGGUCCCUUCGAGAUGGAGAGCUCUUUGAGAUUGUGAUUCAGAAAAUGGUGGAUCGCUGGUCGGGUUCAAUAGAAGCAGGAGUGACCGUGAUACGACCAGAGGAGCUGGAGUUCCCCAAUACAAUGACUGACAUCGACUAUGACACUUGGAUGCUGAGUGGCACAGCAAUCAUGCAGGAUGGAAACACAAUGAGGAACAACUACGGCUGUGACCUGGAUUCCCUGACCACAGGUUCGAGGAUUGGGAUGAUGCGUACAGCAUCUGGAGACCUACAUUACUUCAUCAAUGGGGUUGAUCAGGGUCUAGCUUGUACUGGACUACCACCAGACGUGUUUGCCGUGAUCGAUCUGUACGGUCAGUGUGUACAAGUAUCUAUUACAAGUUCAUCCGGCCCGCUAGAUAACAGCCUGUGUACCAGCAACAUCACAGAGAAGAGCUUCCCUAUUCACUCACCAGUGGCAGGGGUCGCUCAUCGCCUGCACAGCAAACAUGGUAAGAACGUGGUGUUAUUAGGAGAUGGCUGUCAAGCACUGAGGGUUGGAGGAUAUGCACAUGGAAUUGUCUUCAGCGCUAAGGAGCUCAAAACAGAUGAGCUGUUUGAGGUGAAGAUUAACAAGGUGGACGAAAGAUGGUCUGGUUCCCUUCAUGUGGGUUUGACCACACUGCAGCCCCAAGAUCUGCCAUCGUGCCCUCUCAGCGGCCUCUCGCCUUCUCUUACCCAGCUCAGGUCAAAGGUCACAUGGGUCCUUGCCAGCUCUGAGGUCAGACGCAACGGAGUGCUGCAGAAACAGAACUACGGCUGCUCUCUGGAACGGCUCACGGUGGGAAAUCGUGUUGGAGUAAAGAGAUGCAGUGACGAUACCAUGCACAUCCUUAUUGAUGGAGAAGACAUGGGACCAGCAGCCACUGCAGUGGCAAAGAAUGUGUAUGCAGUUUUGGAUCUGUACGGAAAGGUGACGGCUGUUUCCAUUGUCAGCUCAACAUUAGUGGAGGACGCAGAGAGCGUGAAAGCUCCCUCGCUCUCAUCCGACAGCUGCAGUGAGGGAGAGGAAGAUAACACACCUGUCAGAGAGUGUGAGAAUGAACCGCCGCUGGUGCCCACGGUCAUGACAUUUUUGGAGAAUCAUGGGAAGAAUAUCCAGCUGUCCAAUCAGAACCUGACUGCCGCCCGGGUGUCCAGCUAUAACCAGGGACUGCUGGUCACAGCGCAAGCUUUGCCCCGCCAGCAACUUUUCCAGUUUCAGAUAGACCGCUUGAAUCCUUCAUGGACGUCGUCUCUGUCGCUGGGUGUAAUCGGUCAUGCACCAGACCGCCUCAACUUUCCAUCCACAGCCUGCUGCCUUAAACGCUCAAUCUGGCUAUUGCAACGAGACUCGGUUUUCCACAAUUCACUAAAGAUUUGUGAGAAUUAUGGUCCUAACUUAGACACCUGUCCUGAAGGGACAGUUUUGGGGCUUUUGGUCGACAGCAGUGGGUGUCUCCACUUAUAUGUUAAUGGCAUGGAUCAGGGCACGGCAGCCCAGGACAUCCCCAGCCCUUGUUACCCAAUCAUUGAUCUUUAUGGCCAGUGCGAACAGGUGACUAUAGUGGCUAACCAUGUGCCAGUGGUUGGCGCCGAGAGUGGGGACAUGCAUUGUCAAGGCGACAUGGAGAAGGCUGAUAUGGUGGAUGGUAUCAAAGAGAGUGUGUGCUGGACGCCGCCUCCUGAGGUGAACCCAAACAAGACGUGCGAGUAUCAGGCGCUCUGCUCCAGAUUUAAGGACCUUCUUACUCUACCUGAUGGUUACUUUAAUGAAGAUGCAAAGUAUAACCUGUGUUACUGUGAGUCCUGUCACAAACUACGGGGUGAUGAGGCCUAUUACAAAAGAGGAGAGCCUCCCAGGGACUACGCACUGCCGUUUGGCUGGUGUCGCUUCGCACUCCGUAUCAAGACCCACUGUGAAGUGUCCAAUGCCUUCAAGAAGUGGCACAUUGCGUAUCACGGCACCAAUGUUGGCUCCCUUAGACGCAUCCUGGACCACAAUCAACUCUUGUCUGAAUCGUCCUCCAUUUUCUCUUCGUCCCCGGUGAAGACAGAGGGUCACGGCAGCUACGGGGAGCCAGAGGAGAACAGCGCCCCAGAGCGCGAGAUCCCCCGCGUGCAGCUUUCUCCGACCAUGCGCUACUCUGGUCUUGAGGGCUUUGCCCCUAAAGUGCAAUUCCGAGACCCACGUUCCCUCCGCUGUCAUCAGGCACAGGUGGGCUUCCAGGUGUGCGUGCGGCCAGGGUCCUACAAAGCAGGACCGUCGUCGCUGGGAAUCAGCGAGCCCCUGGAUCCUCGAUUCAGCAAUGCAGAGAUAGAAUGGAUCACUAAAGAGAAAGGGGGCACGCUUCUGUACGGCCUCCUCAUACGAGUGGAGUAGAAGUCAAAUCAAACUCACUAACUCUAAUAUCAACCAAAUUUUAGCGGAGCCCCCCCCCUCAGACUUGUGGAGGAUUCGGCAUCGUUUUGCUUCCCAGGCUCAUACAUCUCUGCAUGAUGUUUCAGAUGUACUUUUUGGUUUGUUUUGAAGGAGGAUGAUGGUAAUCCCCAGAGACAAAACACUGCCUGCACUUUAUUUUCUGGUGGGCGAAUUUUAGUUUUUCUUGUUUAAUUCACUCAGCAGGCCCUCAAUUAAUUUCCACCCCUUUUUAGGCUCUUUUCAUUCAGCUUUAAAUGAACGUGUCACACCCUCUGUGAGCCCGCACUUCCGACAGAAAUGAACCGGACUGAACAAACACUAACAACUUCUGCAUAGCACAGCCCUGGAUUUUUAUUAGACUUUUCUUAAGACUUGCAACGGACAAAUCGAUCUUGAAUAUACUGUCAAAAUAACAAGAAAUGACAUGUCAAGAAACUCACAACCGUGGAAGAGCCUGCAACGUCACAAAUUUUAUCGAUUCAUCUGUAUACUCCACGGAUUUUGCUCUAUAUUUGGUUCUCAUUAUAACUGUUUUUGAGGUCAGAAUUGACAUUAGAGUAAAUAUGGUGUUUUAAGAACCAUUCAAAGUGUUCAUUUAAACAGCUAAAUUAAGAUGUGUAAUAGAUGGUGAAUACACAUAUAUAACUGAUCUUGGUCGAAGUGGGAUUUUUAAAGGGAUAGUUCACCCAAAAUUGAAAUUCUGUCGCUUUAAUGCUGAUCCAACUAUAUAUGGAAAGCUAAUGCGUGUUUUUUUACAUAUAAGGAAAAUGAGUAGUUAUUACUCAAGUCACUGUUUACUUUUACUAUUUGUAAGAACGCUCUAGAACCUUACUUCUAAAUAUCUCCUUUUCAUUUCAUGUGAAAAUGUAAUUCAUAUAUAGUUAAUGAAUACAUUCAUAUAUGAACAGGGAAGUACAUUACAUUUUUGGAUCAUUUUACAUUUUGGAUGAACCGUUCAUUUAAGAUUUCCCUGUCGCAUUCACCCCCCUGGAGGAGAUAGUUCAUUACGCCUAAAUGUAUUUGGGAUGUAUGUCCUCUUCCCUGUUGUCCUUGCGGUAUGUUGAAGGGACUCGUGCACUGUUACCCAUUACUUUACAUGUCACCUGAAGUUCUGAUGAGUUACGUUAAAAUGGUUCACAUGUUGUUUACACACGGGUUAUGUUCUGUCUCUUUCCUCUGCUACCAAAUAACUGUUCAUCAAGCCCAGUCGUUUACAUUCUUUAAUAUAAGAACCAGGAGCUGUUUCCAAAUUGAAUGGUGGCAGGUAAAAGAAUAGAACUGAAAGGUCUAUUUAUGUUCCACAUUCAACAUCCUGUUCAACAGGAAGGACUGUUUAUUUUGCUAUUCUAUUGAGGUGCCUCUGGAAACAUGAGGCAUUGUGGGAAUUGAUGUUGUCAAUUGGGCUCAAUUUCAUGGGCCCAAGAUUGGUGUUUACACUGGGAAUGUAACUUGUUUUUUAUAUUGUUUACUCCAUGCUAGACAUGUUGCCAUGUUUUGUUUCUUCUUAUGAUUGCACACAUCUAAGCCCUUGAUGGAAAAGCAAAUUAAGCUCUCCUGAUUGUAUCUAGGCAUAUCUUCUCAUUUAUUAGGGUUUCAUUUUAAUUAUUUUGUUGCCAAGAUGACAUACUUGAGUGCACAUUUUACAUUAGCAAUCCUUUAUUGCCAAGGGCGAUGUCUGAAUGGAUGCUUGUGGUGUACAUCAUCAAAUGUGAAAACACGGGGUUUAUGUUUGGCCCAUUGCUGCUUUUUCUGUUGUAUUGUUUAUGUUUGUGUAAUUUUUAUGUUGUUGUGUUGUACAGCCUGUUACAUAACACUCACAUUACCUUCCUGGUUUGUAAGAAAAUAAAAAUGCAAAAAAAGAGACAGUUAUGCACAACA